AUGGCAAGUAGCUCGUCGUCGUCGUCGCAGUCGUCGUCGCAGACGCUGACGGCGUCUGCAUCGUCGUCGUCGCUCGGGGAUGUGGCGAGGAGGCGUGAGGCUGCGCUUGCGCUAGCCGAUGAUCGUGAAGAGGUGAGGCUCCUGGCAGACUUUGACGAGUGCAAGGCGAGCGUGCGGUGGCUGGUGGAGCAGGCGAAGGAGAAGAUCGAGUACUCGACGUUCAUCUGCGACCCGUUUGUGCGGCUGCCGCAGUGGAGCGGCGGGCCCAACGGCGAGCCGAUGACCGGCAAGGUUGAGUACUCUGACAACGACCCGACUGUGCGGGACGUGCUGGUGGCGGCUGCCGAGCGCGGUGUCGAGGUGCGGAUGGCUUACAAUCCUGCCUCGUGCUACGGCAACCUGUCGGUGGCUGAGUUCAAGGCUGCGAUGGCGCCCGUGGAGAUUGUGUGCCUCCGCGGCUCGCUGGGGCCUGCCCCAUGGAUGCUCUACUUUUCCAACAACGAGAGCUGGUCGUACCACCACCAGAAGUACGUGGCCAUCGACUCGGCCGAGUGGGUCAUGGUCACCGGUUGCGACAUGAACACCGAGCGGGCCGGCUGGCUCGAGGUCAACGAGCUCGGCUACUACUGGCACGAGCUAGGCGCCGUCAUCCACGCCCGGAACGGCUCACAGACCAAGGCGGCCAUGGCCUCAUGGUUCUCGUCCAACACCAGCGGCAAGGUGAGCACCCAGCGUGUGCCGCCGCUCCCACUGGUGGCGCACGCCACCGAGGCCCAGCUCAUGCGCGAGCUCAUCGAAGGCGCCAAGUCGUCCAUCCACCUCGAGAACCAGGCCUUUAUGUCUGGCGAGUCCUCGCAGAACGGCAUCGUGGGCGCCAUCGCCGCGCGGGUGGUGCGCGCCGUGGAGGAGGGCGACGACGCCUUCCGCGUCGUCAUCCUCACCAACAUGGCCCAGCAGGACGAGCCGUCCUUUGUCACCCGCCUCUACUGCUCGUCGUCGCUCGUCUGGAGCCUCCGCCAUCUGGAGCGGACCGUGGCCGCCGCAGGCGUCUCCACUGAGCAGCUCUACCAGCAUGUCUUUGUCGGCUUCCUCGAGCACGACUCUGUCCUGGUCAAGGUCCACUCGAAUAUGAUCGUCGUCGACUCGCAGCACCUCAUCCGCUCCUCGUCAAACCUCUCGGACCGCUCGCUCUCGUCCGAGCCGACUGACUCGGAGCUCGGCCUCUUUGUCUCGGGGCCCGAGGUGGCCGCCUUUCAGGCCCGCCUCUUCUCGCGCUACCUUAGCGGGGAGGAUGUUGCCGCCGGCGAUGUGGUCUCCGUCUUUGCCGCUGCGCAGGCCGGCCACGGCAUCUUUGUCCCUGUCGAGCGCGACCUCUACCGCUGGCCCGACUUUGUCCUCAACGCCCUCAUCGGCUUCCUCCAGUCAACUCCGGCCACCGGCGGCAAGGAGCGAACCGAGUUCUCCAUUCGAGAGUAG